GCCUGAAUUUGGACACUCUCAUCCAUCGCAUCAAAACUUAUUAGAAUCUCUGGAUAUUGUUAUGGCGGAGAUACCUAAGUCGCCAGUCACGUCCCCGAAUGGAGCUGCAGGUGACGACGACGACGACGACACACGCGACAAAUCGCAGACGCAGCGAAGUGUACAAUGGGCGGAUAGAGCAGCCGCAGAAGCCACGGCCUUUGCGAAACACCAGAUGGCGUCACGUCCCGACCAAGUCACCACGAGCCAAAGCACCCACAUGAACCAAGAUGCUCGCAUUGCUGCUCUUGAAGUAGCGGUUGGGAAAAUGGCCAAGCAGCUGGAGAUUCAGGCCGAUGAGCUGGAUAUGGUUUUGAGGCGGCUUGAUAAGGUGGCAGGAAACCCUAAGAUCGAGCCGAAACGAGAUAAGCUGGAAGUUGUACGGAAUACGGAAAAGCCAGGCAACCAGUGUGGAUCAGGAGAGAAACAGAAAACGCCGAAGGCGGGGAAGCCAGAUCUCCAUCAGACAGUGGAAGAGCCACGAAAGAGGCAGAGGCUGAUCGACCAGCUAGGCGACGAUGACCAGGAGCCACAAAAGCAACCCCAGCCAGCUGUGCGCAAGCGCAUGACUCCGCCAAAUGACAUGUUGAGCACAGUCUCAGCUAAGCGUCGCACCCUGCCAGCACCGGCCAAUAUGAACACCAGCAAACCGAAACUCCUGUCUAUCCCCAAAGGUCUGACCUCUAUGGCAAACCUGAAAUGGACCCCGUCUUCGUUCUCUUGCCCAGAUGGGGCUGGCUGGAUCUACUGCGAAUAUCCCUCUAAUUUCAUUCGCGUUGAGGACCUAGAGAAGAAGAUGGUGUCAGACUAUAUCAUGGAGAUGGGAAAGCAUGUCGGGGAGCCACAGGCCCAUAGUAGCAGUGUAGGUGAGCUAGAGGUGUGUAGGGUGGACUGGAGGGUUGUCAAGGAGGAACUGAGGGACAUGCGUGUUGAGGUCGCCAAGCGAGCCCGGCUCGUGUCGCAGACACCUGAACUGACGGCCCCGAAAGUUGAUAAGCAAACCAUGGUGGAGAUCAUAGGUGUUAGGCGUGAGCGCCAGGUUGCACGAGCUCUAGGACGGCAAAUGCUAUGAGUAGUCAUGGUACGAUAGAUGUCGUAGAUAUGCAGGCAGGCAUGAUAUUCGGCU